UGUUUGGUUCCGGUCGGAGUCUUCCUGUAAAGCAACAACAACUUGUACGUCAGCGCGUCUCGACGUGAAACGGCGACAGCCGCGCGUUUCAGCAGCUACCGGAGGAGCCCGGACGUUGAUAUCCAGUAUUUGACAUUGUUGUGCUCUAAGUAGAUAGCCCGAAGAUUCCAGUAUUAGCUGCGGUCAUUACAUCAGUAAGCCAAGAUGGCGAUGCAAGCAGCUAAGAGGGCGAACAUUCGACUUCCGCCUGAAGUGAAUCGGAUUUUAUAUAUAAGAAAUUUGCCAUACAAAAUCACAGCUGAAGAAAUGUAUGAUAUAUUUGGAAAAUAUGGACCUAUUCGUCAAAUCAGAGUGGGGAACACACCUGAAACGAGAGGAACGGCCUAUGUGGUCUAUGAAGACAUCUUUGAUGCCAAGAACGCGUGUGAUCACCUGUCGGGAUUCAAUGUUUGUAACAGAUACCUUGUGGUUUUGUACUACAAUGCCAACAGGGCUUUUCAGAAGAUGGACACGAAGAAGAAGGAGGAACAGCUGAAGCUUCUGAAGGAGAAGUACGGCAUCAACACGGACCCACCCAAGUAACACUUGUCUGCACUUCCUCUUGGACUCACCCACGGACCAGCACCACCACUGUUUCUUUCCUUCUAAUCAAUACUAAGUAAUGUGAUGUUUGCAUUUGAGACUCAAAACGACCAGCUAGAAACUUGAUACGUGUUAGAAUGUGUUCAUAAUAAACUUGGAGUUUUUUGUAAAA